AUGUCUCAUAAUCCACCUUCGUUCCUUCUACCUUACCUCGACAAGUACCCUAUACAAGCAAGUGCAUUGUUAACUACCAUAUACGAUUUGACCUUGUCCGUAGGAUGGACAGACACCAGGCUACUAGAACUUGGCGGAUGGGUAGCUUUGAUAGGACAUAAAACCAAGUCCGACCCUCUAAGAGCCGUCAUACCACUUCCAAUACAUACCACCUCCCUUAAACCCUCCUCUCUAAAAUCAAUAUUCAACGCUUUAUCUUCCCUUUCUCUCGAGAAUUUACCUGAACCAUUUGAGAAAUUGGCUCCUACGAUGGACGAUUUGAAACUGACCAUCCAUCAACAAUCCAGUACGAAUGAGAUUCCGGAUGAUCAAACUGUACAAGCAGAAGAAGGCUCGAUACUAGAUCAAGAAACCAUAUACACUUCGAUCGUCACACCUGACUCUACGGUGGUAUAUUACAAAAUCUCUAAAGGGAUCAAGAAACCCAAUGAUAUACCUGAUGAGUAG